CUACGAUGACGAUUUGGAUGGUUCUUUUGCUGUUGAUCGCAAAAUUUGUGCAAGGGGACAAAAAUUUCGCUGGAUUCAUCGAGAGCCCCCAGCCCAGUUUAUCCCCUCUACUCUCUUCAGCGUCCUUUUCGUGUUCUGUUAAUUCUACGGAAGUGAGAGAGCUUCUUUGGGAGGUCGAUGGUGGCCAGACUUCGUCUGAUAGCUAUGCUGAAAGUCUGAGAGGGAGAGGAUUGAAUUGGACAAAUUCCAAAGAUAACCAAAAAUGGAGUCUGCAACUAACAGUACUGGCAUCAAAGGAAAAUAAUGGGACUCGGAUAGUCUGUGUUGCCUUCACUGUCAGUGAUGGUAUAAUAAAGACACCUGCCACCCAUCUCUAUGCAUAUGGCCAUCCAAGUGCUCCUGGUAACGUAUCCCUUAUUCCUAUCCCUCCUGGCCAGCUAUCUCUGACCUGGUCUAAGCCAUACUCUCCUCCCACUGUCUCCAUCUCCUACAUGGUCACCAUCACAGAACUGGACCCUAUAACAAAGACCAUAGUCGGACAGUCGUUUAUGGUGAUGGUAGAGAAUAGUAUCAUGUACACAUUCACACCAGCUGUCCAGUCAUGCAAUGAGUAUUCAUUCCAAAUCCAAGCAGAAAAUGAAGCAGGAACUAGUGGGUAUAGCAAGGCUGUAUCUGCAACCCUACCAAUUGGUGAGCAAGGGGUGCUAUCAAAUGUGUAUCCCAGGAAAUGUUCUCCGGACGGGUUUAAUAAUACACUUUUAUAUUCCACAGCACCCAACAUGACACAGUUAUCGUCCAGUCUCACUCACUCUCUGGCUAUUGAUGAUAACGGUGACGUCACAUGCAACAUCACUUUCCUGCCCGCUGAAGCUUGUCCCGACUAUCCAGUCAUCCGGUACACACUUAACCUCCUGAAUACCAUCACCAACACCACCACUGUGCACCAUCUUCUCCCAACUCUUCUUCCUACUGCCCCUCUCCUGAAACUGGACUCCAGUGAUGGUCUGGAGAGAGACUCUCGUUAUUUGUACUUUGUGACUGCAAAGGGUGGAGCAGGACUAAGAGAGUCUGAAAGGAGACAAAUGGUUACAACUGAUGUUUCUGACGUUGUUGUGUCUCUUGACUGCCCAACCCUCAACAUAACCUGUCAUCUUCUUCCUGGCUCCCUUGCGAAAGGCUGUUUCAUCUCACUGAUACCUCCCCCUGAGCAGAAGCCAGAAGAAAGCUCGGAACAAAUGGUGUUAAACAAGACAAUUCCACGCUUAAACUCAUCUCUAGAAGCCAGGGCUACGCUGGUCCUGAGUCCUCAGUCCUGCUGCUACCAGCUGAAGGUGUAUGACUGGGAGGCUGAGGGCAGUGUUGGUCUUAUUUCAAUUCCACUAACAACUGGGUCUGAAUUGUGUGAUGUACCUGAGGUUGUGACUGGUGAAAAUACCACUGGUUCUAACAUGGGUUCCUCAUGGCUAUAUCUGGCACCAAUCGUAGCAAGUGUUGUAGGAGGUGUGGUCUUGAUUGCAGCCAUGUUAUUGCUGGUCGGGUUAGGGAUAUACUGCCAUCGCAAGACAAGGACUGUACAGCCAGCCAAAGAAUCUAAUCAAGAGCCACCUCCUAGCCAGGAGCCACGGUCCCAUGAUCCUCCUAAUACCGUGCCCCCUCCUCCUCCCCUCUAUGACCAACCAGACUCCCUUGUCUCCUCUGUCAACUUCGAUGAGGAAGUUCGUUACAGUAUCCUCACCAGGGACUCUUUCUCAUCCCACGCUCCCCUCACUACUGACAUCACACAGCAGCCGCUGUACUCUAAACUAAAUCACUAUGAUGCUGUAAAUCCACUGGGGAACCAUUCUAGUACAACCCUCUCUCUUCAGCCCUGGAAUACCCACAUCUACUCUGAGCCACACUCCACAGGCAGAGACCACGAGUUCAUCAAUAGUGUACCCAGUGCUGGAACAUCUGUAUGACCUUCACCCUCUGUCGUGUGUAUGAAUCAGAAAUCAGCCCAUCAAGUAAUCUCUGUCCCAUAUUUUGCAUGUGUGUACAUGAACAUAAU